AUGGCACCUCUACCCAUCAAGUUCACGGAACUCAUCAACCUGACCAAUGUUGGCAUUGCGCAACCAUCCAUUGGCUUCACUUCAUGUACCCUGGAAUCCGACCACUAUGUCUGCGUUCGCCAGAAACUUGACGAGGAUGAGAAACCCCAAGUCAUCAUCGUUGACCUGAAGAACAACAAUGACGUGAUGCGCCGACCCAUCAAUGCUGACAGUGCGAUCAUGCACUGGAGCAAGAACAUCAUCGCGCUCAAGGCUCAGGGCAGGACAAUCCAGAUCUUUGAUCUCGGUGCUAAGCAAAAGCUGAAGUCUUCCGUCAUGAGUGAGGAUAUUGUCUACUGGAAAUGGUUCAGUGAAAAGUCCCUGGGCCUGGUCACUGAGACUGCGGUCUAUCACUGGAACGUCUACGACGCGACCCAGGAUAAUCCCGUUAAGAUGUUUGACCGCCUCCCCAACCUUUCGGGAUGUCAAAUUAUCAACUACCGUGUCAACGCCGAGGAGAAAUGGAUGGUCGUCGUGGGCAUCAGUCAACAACAGGGACGGGUCGUUGGUUCAAUGCAGCUCUACUCCAAGGAACGUGGUAUUUCGCAAUUCAUUGAGGGUCACGCAGCUGCUUUUGCCGACAUCAACGUCGAAGGCUCUCCUCUCCCCCACCAUCUUUUCGCCUUCGCGGUUCGAACACAAACCGGUGCAAAGCUACAGAUUGCUGAGAUCGACCACCAAGAGCCCAAUCCUCGAUUCCAGAAGAAGGCCGUGGAGGUCUAUUUCCCUCAAGAGGCUGUGAACGAUUUCCCAGUCGCUAUGCAAGUCUCUACUAAGUACGACAUUGUCUACCUUGUCACCAAGUACGGCUUCAUCCAUCUCUACGACCUCGAGACCGGCACCUGUAUCUUCAUGAACCGCAUCUCCAGCGAGACCAUCUUCACUACCGCAGCCGAUACUGAGGGCGCUGGCCUGGUCGGCGUCAAUCGCAAAGGCCAGGUGCUUUCUGUUAGUGUUGAUGAGAGCACCAUCAUCGAUUAUCUGAUGAACAACCCUGCCAUGUCUGGUCUUGCGGUCAAGCUUGCCUCGCGGGCCGGUCUCCCUGGGGCUGAUCACCUGUAUCAGCAGCAGUUCGAUUCACUCCUCAGCGCAGGCAACUUCACAGAAGCCGCCAAGGUUGCCGCCAAUUCCCCCCGUGGUUUCCUUCGCACCCCUGAAACAAUCAGCCGCUUCAAGAAUGCGCCUCAAACUGGCCAAAUGUCCGUCAUUCUCCAAUACUUUGGUAUGCUGCUGGACAAGGGUUCACUGAACAAGCAUGAGAGUGUGGAGCUCGUUCGCCCCGUCCUCCAGCAAAACCGCAAGCAUUUGUUGGAGAAGUGGAUGACCGAGAAGAAGCUCGAGGCUUCUGAAGAGCUUGGUGAUAUCAUUCGCCCCUAUGAUAUGAAUCUCGCCUUGAACGUGUACCUCGAGUCAAAUGUUCCUAACAAGGUCGUUGCUGGAUUUGCCGAGACGGGUCAAUUUGACAAGAUUCUCCCGUACUCCAAGCAGGUAGGCUAUCAGCCCGACUUCACCCAGCUUCUACAGCACAUCGUGCGGGUCAACCCCGAGAAGGGUGCCGAAUUUGCGACCCAACUCGCCAACGAGGAGGGUGGCGCACUCGUUGAUCUCGAUCGUGUUGUGGAUGUUUUCUUGUCCCAGAACAUGAUUCAGCAGGCGACUUCCUUCCUUCUUGAUGCCCUUAAGGACAACAAGCCCGAGCACGGACAUUUACAGACCCGUCUAUUGGAGAUGAACCUUGUCAAUGCACCCCAGGUUGCAGAUGCCAUUCUCGGCAAUGAAAUCUUCACGCACUAUGAUCGCCCUCGCAUCUCACAGCUUUGUGAAGGCGCCGGUCUCGUCCAGCGUGCGCUUGAGAACUCUGAUGACCCAGCUGUCAUCAAGCGUAACAUUGUCAAGACGGACAAGCUGAGCACCGAGUGGUUGAUGAACUACUUCGGUCGUCUCUCUGUCGAGCAGACCUUGGAGUGCAUGGACUUUAUGCUCGAGGCCAACAUUCGCCAGAACUUGCAGGCCGUGGUCCAGAUCGCCACCAAGUUCUCUGAUUUGCUUGGUGCCAACCGCCUUAUCGAUCUUUUCGAGAAGUACCGCACCGCCGAGGGUCUUUACUACUACCUUGGCAGCAUUGUCAACCUCAGUGAGGAUCCCGAGGUUCACUUCAAGUACAUCGAGGCUGCUACUGCGAUGAGUCAGAUCACCGAGGUCGAGCGCAUCUGCCGGGAGAGCAACUACUACAACCCCGAGAAGGUCAAGAAUUUCUUGAAGGAGGCUCGAUUGACCGAGCAGCUGCCUCUCAUCAUUGUUUGUGACCGAUUCAACUUCAUCCACGACUUAGUUCUCUACCUCUAUCAGAAUCAGCAGUUCAAGUCCAUCGAGGUUUACGUUCAACGAGUGAACCCAUCGCGGGCCCCUGCCGUUGUAGGUGGUCUGCUCGACGUUGACUGUGAGGAAAGCAUCAUCAAGAACCUUCUCUCCACCGUCGACCCAGCUGUCAUUCCGAUCGAUGAGCUUGUCUCCGAGGUUGAGAGCCGCAACCGUCUCAAGCUGUUGCUCCCCUUCCUCGAGGCCACCCUUGCUAGUGGUAAUCAGCAACAGGCUGUCUACAACGCGCUUGCCAAGAUUUACAUCGAUAGCAACAACAACCCGGAGAAGUUCCUCAAGGAAAACGACUUGUACGACACUCUGACGGUCGGAAAAUACUGCGAGAAGCGUGAUCCCAACCUGGCGUUCAUUGCAUACAGCAAGGGACAGAAUGACUUGGAGCUCAUCAGCAUUACCAACGAGAACUCCAUGUAUCGUGCGCAGGCCCGUUACCUGGUUGACCGUGCCGACACUGAGGUUUGGAACUUUGUUCUGAGCGAGAACAACAUGCACCGUCGCUCUCUUGUCGACCAGGUUAUCGCAACCGCGGUUCCUGAAUCCACUGAGCCUGACAAGGUCUCCGUCGCCGUCAAGUGCUUCCUUGAGGCCGACCUGCCUGGCGAGCUUAUUGAGCUGCUGGAGAAGAUCAUUUUGGAGCCCUCGCCAUUCAGCGACAACACUAGUCUGCAGAACUUGCUGAUGCUGACUGCUGCCAAGGCUGACAAGAGCCGAUUGAUGGAUUACAUUCACCAGCUGAACGAAUUCUCUGCAGACGAGAUUGCCGAGAUGUGUAUUCAGGUUGGUCUCUAUGAGGAAGCCUUCGAGAUCUACAAGAAGGUCAACAACCAGCUUGCUGCCGUCAACGUUCUCGUUGAGAACAUCGUAAGCAUUGACAGAGCCCAAGAAUUUGCUGAGCGAGUUGAGCUUCCCGAGGUUUGGAGCAAGGUUGCCAAGGCCCAGCUGGACGGUCUGCGUGUCACUGACUCGAUUGAAUCUUACAUUCGCGCCAACGAUCCCUCGAACUACAAUGAAGUGAUUGAGACUGCUACUCAUGCCGGCAAGGAUGAGGAUCUGGUCAAGUUCCUCCGCAUGGCUCGCAAGACUCUGCGCGAGCCCGCGAUCGACACUGCUCUUGCCUUUUGCUUUGCCCGUCUGGACCAGCUUGCUGAACUUGAGGACUUCCUUCGCUCCACCAACGUCGCCGACAUUGAAGCUUCCGGUGACAAGGCCUAUGAGGAGGGAUACCACCAGGCCGCCAAAAUCUUCUACACCAGUGUCUCCAACUGGGCUAAGCUCGCCACCACUCUUGUUCACCUGGAGGAGUACCAGGCUGCCGUCGAGUGUGCGCGCAAGGCUAACAGUGUCAAGGUGUGGAAGCAGGUCAACGCGGCCUGUGUGGAUAAGAAGGAGUUCCGCUUGGCUCAAAUUUGCGGUCUGAAUCUCAUCGUUCACGCUGAGGAGCUUCAGGCUCUUGUCCGCCAAUACGAGCGUAACGGUUACUUUGAUGAGCUCAUCUCGGUCCUUGAGGCUGGUCUUGGUCUGGAGCGUGCUCACAUGGGCAUGUUCACCGAGCUCGGUAUCGCUCUGUCCAAGUACCACCCGGACCGAGUGAUGGAGCACUUGAAGCUGUUCUGGUCGCGCAUCAACAUUCCCAAGAUGAUUCGCGCCUGCGAGGAGGCCAACCUCUGGCCUGAACUCGUCUUUUUGUACUGCCAUUACGACGAGUGGGACAAUGCGGCUCUUGCCAUGAUGGAGCGUGCCGCUGAUGCCUGGGAGCACCACUCUUUCAAGGACAUCAUCGUCAAGGUCGCCAACUUGGAAAUCUAUUACCGCGCGCUCAGCUUCUACCUGCAGGAACAGCCUCUUCUAAUUACCGACCUGCUCCAGGUCCUCACGCCACGUAUUGACGUCAGCCGUGUCGUUCGCCUCUUCAAGUCUUCCGACAACAUCCCUCUGAUCAAACCUUUCAUGCUGAACGUUCAGAGCCAGAACAAGCGGGCUGUGAAUGACGCGAUCAACGAGCUUCUAAUUGAAGAGGAAGAUUACAAGACUCUCCGUGACUCUGUUGACAACCACGACAACUUCGAUUCUGUAGAGCUGGCUCAACGUCUCGAGAAGCAUGAAUUGAUCUUCUUCCGCCAAAUUGCUGCCAGCAUCUACCGCAACAACAAGCGCUGGGAGAAGUCGAUUGCCCUUUCCAAACAAGACAAGCUCUACAAGGACGCUAUCGAGACUGCCGCUAUCUCUGCCAAGUCGGAGGUGGUCGAGGAUCUUCUUCGUUACUUCGUCGAUAUUGGCAGUCGUGAGUGCUAUGUCGGCAUGCUCUACGCUUGUUACGAUCUGAUCCGCCCUGACGUGAUCAUGGAAAUUUCAUGGCGUAAGGGCUUGCACGACUUCACUAUGCCCUUCAUGAUUAAUUUCCUUUGCGAGCAGACUCGCACUAUUGAGAUGCUCAAGAAGGACAACGAGGAGCGCAAGAAUCGUGAGAAGGGUCAACGGGUUGAGGAGGACAACACACCUAUCCUGGGUGGCUCCCGAUUGAUGCUCACACAGGGUCCCGCGGCUCCGGCUAGUCCGAUGCCUUAUGGCCAGCCCACUAGUCUGGCCCCACAGGCAACUGGUUACCGUGGGUUCUAA